CUUCAGUUCGUAGGAUGUCAAAAAAUAGUCUGGGCACUGAUCCGCUGUCCGGAAAUAGAUACAGGCAUGAAUAAACAGGAAUAAACAGGAAUAAACAGGAAUAGACAGGAAUAAACAGGAAUAGACAGGAUCGAACAGGUUCAGACAAGUUCGGACGGGAAUGGACAGGAAUCGAUCGAAAUCAAUAAAAAUGGAUAGGAAUGGACAAAAAUCGAUAAGAAUUUAAAAAUAAGAAAAAUCUGCGGUGUACCUAUGUGUAGAGAACGUGUGUGCUUAGACUGUAAGGGUUUUGAGAGUUGUGUUGACACGCACGUGUAGUAGAAGUUGUAAGUUAUUGUAAAGAUAGAUAUAUAGUUAACAAAAUUUUGUAAAAAUGAAAACAGCUUUGAUGGUGGCUGAAAAGCCGUCUCUAGCAGCAUCCCUUGCCAAUAUUUUAAGUAAUGGUCUAUGUACUUCCCGAAAAGGAUUAAACGGAUCUUCUUCGGUGCACGAAUGGAUAGGUCAAUUUAGGUCGGAAACAGUGAAUUAUAAAAUGACCUCUGUCUGUGGUCAUGUUAUGACGCUGGAUUUCAUAGGAAAAUAUAAUAACUGGGACAAAGUCGAUCCUGCAGAGUUAUUUUCGUGUCCGACCGAAAAGAAGGAAGGAGUACCUAAAUUAAAAAUCCCUUAUUUCCUUGCUAAAGAAGGGGCUCAUUGCGAUUAUUUGAUAUUAUGGCUGGAUUGUGACAAGGAGGGUGAAAACAUUUGUUUCGAAGUUAUACACGCGGUACAGCAAGGCAUGACUAAAAGAUUGAGUCCAAAUGACAUUUGGAGAGCACGAUUUUCCGCUAUCACGGAUAAGGAUAUCAAGUCUGCAUUGGCAAAUUUGGUUAAGCCCAACGAAAAUGAAGCGAAAAGUGUAGACGCACGACAAGAGUUAGAUUUACGAAUUGGUUGCGCCUUCACGAGGUUUCAAACGAAAUUUUUUCAGGGAAAAUAUGGGGAUCUAGAUGUAACUCUGAUUUCUUAUGGUCCGUGCCAAACACCGACGCUUGGUUUUUGUGUCCAAAGGCACGAUGAAAUUCAAACGUUCAAGCCAGACGCCUAUUGGGUCCUACAGGUCACGAUUGAAUCUUCCGAUGGUCAAAAUAUUGUUUUAAAUUGGGGCCGUGUACGAUCUUUUGACAAGGAAGUAGCGAACAUGUUUCUAAGCCAUCUCAAAGAGUAUGACCAAGCAAUAGUCAUAAGCGAGGAGAAGACAGAAAAAACAAAGACGCGUCCUAUAGCACUGAACACCGUAGAAUUGAUGAGGGUAGCUAGUUCAGGUUUAGGAAUGGGUCCUCAUCACGCUAUGCAAAUUGCAGAACGUCUCUAUACUCAAGGAUAUAUAAGUUAUCCUCGAACCGAAACAUCAAUGUACCCGGAGAAUUUUGAUUUAUCUGCAGCAUUAAAGCAACAGCAAAAUAGCGCUGAUUGGGGAGAAUCUGUUCGUAAAAUAUUAGCAACUGGUAUCAAUAGACCAAAGAAAGGACAUAACGUUGGAGACCAUCCUCCUAUUACUCCGAUGAAACAUGCCACGCGAAAUGAGCUCGAUGGCGAUUCCUGGAGAUUGUACGAUUACAUUACACGACACUUUAUCGCUACAUUGGCUCAAGAUUGUAAAUACUUAAGCACUACGGUCAAAUUUGAAAUAGGAAUGGAAACUUUCACUGCGAAUGGACACAGUUUGGUGGACCCUGGAUACACCAGUAUUCUUACUUGGCAAGCACUUGGGAGCAACGACAUUUUGCCUAGAUUCACACCCGGUGAAAGAGUGAAUAUACAAGAGACCAAGCUGCUCGAAUGUUACACACAACCCCCAGAUUACUUGACAGAGGCUGAGUUGAUAUCUCUUAUGGAGAAGCAUGGUAUUGGAACAGACGCUUCUAUCCCGGUGCAUAUAAAUAAUAUAUGCACGCGAAAUUAUGUGAACGUUGCAGCUGGUAGGAAAUUAGUCCCAACUUCGCUAGGAAUUGUGUUGGUCCAUGGUUAUCAAAAGAUAGAUCCUGAGCUGGUUUUACCCACGAUGAGAUCUGCAGUGGAGGAGCAGUUGAAUCUCAUAGCUCUUGGACGAGCAGAUUACCACGCCGUGUUGCAGCACACAGUAGAAAUCUUCAAACAAAAGUUUCAUUACUUCGUCGAGAACAUAGAAGCUAUGGACCAGUUGUUCGAGGUUUCGUUUUCUCCUCUUUCUGCGUCGGGGAAAGCACACUCUAGGUGUGGAAAAUGUCGACGUUAUAUGAAGUACAUACAAACGAAACCGUCGAGGAUGCAUUGCGCGCAUUGCAACGAAACUUACAAGCUACCCAAAAACGGCAACAUCAAAAUUUACAAAGAGCUAAAGUGUCCAUUGGAUGAUUUCGAAUUGCUCUCGUGGUCUACGGGAGCACGAGGGAAAAGUUUCACGUUUUGUCCGUAUUGCUACAACAAUCUGCCAUUCAGAGAUAUGAAGAAAGGAAUGAGUGGUUGCAAUUCGUGCACGCAUCCAACCUGUCCUCACGGUUUGAACUCAAACGGUAUAUCGAGUUGCCUUGAAUGUGAAUCGGGAAUACUUGUACUCGAUCCUUCAGCCGCACCGAAAUGGAAACUUGGCUGCAAUCGUUGCGACGUUAUAAUAAAUCUGUUCAAGAAUGCUCACAAGGUAGUAGUCGACACUGAAGUGUGCGACUGUGGGGCGCAAUUAGUAACUGUUGAAUAUAAACAGGAAAAGAGUAAACUUCCCAACAAAGCAACAGAGAUGACUGGCUGUGUAUUUUGCACAGCAGCUUUCGUGGCUCUCGUAGAGAAACAUCGCGCUGUCGCCUCGAAACCGGUGGUGACUCGUAGUCAUAGUCAUAUAAAGGGUCGUACUCGAGGUAAACCUCGCCCUUCGAAAAAUAAGAUGGCGGAAUUGGCUGCAUAUUUUGUAUAAUAGCAAUUUGUAAAUGGAGUCAGUGACGAUUUC